AGCAGAAACAACUGGAUUUUCCAUUUUCCACUUAGGGUUUCACACAUACAUAUCCUUAUGAAUGCUUCUGUGAAACUACAGAGGGACUUUGACACAUUUGCAUUUAUUUCACUGAAAGUGGAAUACACUGGCUGUUGUUGUCCAGUGGCAUGUACUAAUUUGACUGGUAAAUGUGAUGUGUAAAAGAUAUUCCUGGAUUCAUUUAUACAUCAUCAGUUGAAUAUAGUUACAGUCCAACUUAACACUGUUAUUCUUUUUUUUUGUCUACAGUACAUGAAUUUAUUCCAUUGUGCGUUUUUGUGCUUCCUGUUGUUUGCAGACAAAAAAAGAAUAAUUUGAUAUCACCUUCUGAAACUAGACACCUUCUCCUUCGCCCACAUUUACUUUUGUAUCCCCUCUGAUAACGCAUCGAGGAAGGACAGCUGUAUUGUAUUCUGACCUCAUUUGCACUCUAAGGGUGGAGAUUGUCACAUCACAGAGAGACCUGAGUUUGUUCUACCACCUCCCUCUUCUGUCUGAUUGCACACUGUGUUUGAGUAAGAGAUGUGUACAUCAGUGGACGAAAUACAGUCUUGAGCAAGAAGAAGAAACUUAACUUUGCUUUAGAAAAAAACUCUUGAGGUGAACUUUUAGUUGGUGGUAGUAGAGCUGCAUUUUUGCAGAUUUCUUCAUCUUCAGAGGGUGUUUGGACAUUUUUGAAGAGUCUUCUUCAUCCUGGGCGAUCGCCAUGCCUUCGUAUACGGUGACAAUUGCCACAGGGAACCAGUGGUUCGCAGGGACAGACGACUAUAUCUACAUUACACUGGUGGGCACAGAGCAAUGCAGCGAGAGAACGCUGCUGGACAAGCCUCUGUACAAUGACUUUGAGAGGGGAGCGGUGGACUCGUAUAGCGUGAGGGUUGAGGAGAACCUGGGCGACAUCGUGUUGGUGAAGAUCGAGAAGAGGAAAUACUGGAUGCAGGAUGACUGGUACUGCAGGUACAUCACAGUCAAGACCCCCUCUGGAGACUACGUGGAGUUCCCCUGCUUCCGCUGGCUGGUGGAUGACAAGGAAGUGGUGCUGCGGGACGGACGAGCUCACCUCCCUCAGGAUGAUAAGACCAGCCUGGUCAAGCAGCACCGGCAAAAGGAGCUGGAAACGAGGAGAAGAACUUACAGGUGGAAGGAGUGGCAGCCGGGCUUUCCUAUGAGCAUAGAUGCCAGCAGACACAAGGACUUGCCCCGAGACAUCCAGUUUGACAGUGAGAAAGGAGUGGACUUCGUCCUGAACUACAGUAAAGCGAUAGAAAACUUGUUCGUGAACCAGUUCAUGCACAUGUUCCAGUCCUCCUGGAAUGACUUCGCUGACUUUGAGAGAAUCUUUGUGAGAAUCACAAACACAAUCUCAGAGUAUGUGAUGCAGCACUGGAAAGAGGACUUCAUGUUUGGAUACCAGUUUCUAAAUGGCUGCAACCCUGUCGUGAUCCAAAAGUGCACCAAACUUCCUGACAAGUUUCCUGUCACUCAUGAGAUGGUUUCUGUCAGUCUGGAGAGGGAGCUGACCCUGGAGCAGGAAAUAGAGGCAGGUAACGUCUACAUAGUGGACUACAAGGUGUUAGACGGCAUCACUCCGAACGGCACCGACCCCUGCACGCUGCAGUACCUGGCAGCUCCAAUCUGUCUGCUGUACAACAACACCCAGAACAAGAUCCUGCCCAUAGCCAUACAGCUUGGCCAGACUCCAGGUGAAGACAACCCGAUCUUCCUGCCCACUGACGGUGAGUAUGACUGGCUGCUGGCAAAGAUCUGGGUCCGCUCGGCCGACUUCCAGCACCACCAGACCAUCACACACCUGCUCAGGACGCAUCUGAUCACAGAGAUGUUUGCUGUCGCCAUGUACCGGCAGCUUCCUGCUGUUCACCCUGUGUAUAAGCUUCUCAUCCCACACAUUCGCUUUACCAUCGCGAUCAACACCAAGGCCCGAGAGCAGCUCAUCUGUGAGUGUGGCAUCUUUGACAAGGCCAAUGCAACAGGUGGAGGCGGUCACGUCCAGCUGGUCCAGAAGGGCGUGAAGUCUCUGACCUUCAGGUCUCUGUGCUUCCCUGAUAUGAUAAAGAUCCGCGGUGCGGACAGCAAAGAGGACCUGCCGACCUACUUCUACAGGGAUGACGGCUACAAGGUGUGGGAGGCUACAAAGAGCUUUGUGUCUGACGUGGUGUGUAUUUACUACACCAGUGAUGAGACGGUCCAGGCAGACGAAGAAAUUCAGGCCUUCGUUAAAGACGUGUGCAGCUUCGGUAUGCAGGACUUCGAUCAGUGUGAAUUUCCCAAGUCUGUGAAAUCGCGCGAGGAGCUGAUAGAGUACCUGACGGUCAUCGUGUUCACUGCUUCCUCCCAGCAUGCAGCUGUCAACUUUGGACAGUAUGACUGGUGCUCCUGGAUCCCCAACGCUCCCUCCACCAUGCGGAAGCCACCGCCCAACCGGAAAGGUUUGGCAGACGUGAACUUGAUCAUCGAGAGCCUCCCCGAUCGCGGACGCUCCAGCUGGCACCUGGGGGCUGUCUGGGCUCUUAGCCAGUACCAGGAGAACGAGCUGUACCUGGGCAUGUAUCCUGAUGAGCACUUUAUAGAGAAACCAGUGAAGGAGGCCAUGGAGAAGUUCAGGAAGCAGCUCGCAGAGAUAACCAGCUCCAUCAAGAAGAGGAAUGAAGGAAAGAAGCUGCCAUACUACAACAUGUCCCCCGACAAAAUCCCAAACAGUGUUGCUGUGUGAGGAAUGAAUCUUACUUCUACAACGGAAACGAUCAUGCCGGUAGUUUUGCAAAAAAAACGAUUCUAAAAGUCCCAAAUAUGCUGUUAGAAAUUUCUUUGACACCUAAGUGCAUGAUUGUGACAUCUCUACAGAAGUGUUUUUUAAAAUUUUGUACAUAUUUUUGUUGCUUUUGUGUGCUCCAACAACAUGGUGCUUCCUUAUUCAGGUAACUAAGAGCUGUUACUAAAGGAUACUGAGGAAGCUUUCAGAUCUUUUAUGGAAGAAAAAUGAAUAAAAUCACAUGCCAAAAAUGCUUUGCUAGAGGCAAAAAGUGAAUCAAAAAUUAAGUGAAAGUGUGUAAGUUUAAUCUGGAACAUGUACUUUAGUAUAAAGAGUAAAAGUAAUUCUGCUCGUGUAUUCGUGUAAAAGCAGGAUUUUAUUGCUGGAGCUGCUUCAGGUUGAGUUCAUUUUGAAAUAUUUUGGAUGUUCUUUUCAUUAUGAAUUAAUCUGCUGAUUAUUUUCUCCAUUAAUUGACUAAUUGUUUGGAUUACCCAGAGCCCAAAGUGACACAUUCACAGUGUUUUUUGUUCCUCCAGAUUUUUAGAAAUAUAAAAAUAAUUAAGAAGCAAAAGCUGCAAAUUUGUCAAGCUGGAACCAUGAAAUGUUUUUGUUUGACAAAAGAUUUAAAUGAUUAACAGAAUAUUUGGAAAUUACUUUCCUGUCAGUCAGCUGGCGGAGUAACUGUUUCAGCUGUUUUUGUAGAAAUUGAAUUUGAAUUUAAUUUUUUAAAAAUCCUUCAUGUUUCAUAGGUUCUUUUGUGUGCAGAAAUCUGAGUAACUAAAGCUGUCAGAUAAAUGCAGUGAAGUAAAAAGUACAAUAUUUUCCUCUGAGAUGUGGUGAGUAAAAGUUAAAACUAAGUACCUAAAAGAAAAGUACAGUACUUGAGUAAAUGUACUACACCAUAGUGGACAAUCUUGAGGAUCAGCAAGGGGUAGACUGAUUGUUUUUGCAGAAUAAAUAGAAUUCUGAUUAUGAAAAAAGUUGCUUAGUGUCUUUUAGGUGCAACAAGCAUCCAUUGGCAUGUGUAAAUGCCAGCUAAAAAAAAAAGCUGUUUUUGUCACAUAUGCAAGUGAAAAUGUAUUAAAAUGUUACCUGGCCUGUCAUUUCUACCUGAUCCUUCAUUAAACAAUAAAACAGAUCUAUAUUUGACAAUA